AUGGUAGCUGUAAAGACCUGCUCUCUGCUGCUGGUGCUCCUGUUCCUGGCAGUGGGGCUGGGAGAGGAAGAAGAAGCUCAAUCCAGAUCUCAUGCUAAGUUUGGAGGCUCCCAACCUCGAGGCCCAAGGUAUGCAGAGGGGACUUUCAUCAGUGACUACAGUAUUGCCAUGGACAAGAUCCGCCAGCAGGACUUUGUGAACUGGCUGCUGGCCCAGAAGGGGAAGAAGAAUGACUGGAAACACAACAUCACCCAGAGAGAGGCCCGAACCCUGGAGCUGGCUGGACAGUCUCAAAGGAAUGAGGAGGCAGUGGAGCAGCAGAGCUCCCUGCCCAAGAGCCCUAGUGAUGAAGAUCUGCUAAUGGAGCUGCUGAUUCAAAAGCUGCUAGCCUGGAUGGUAGACCGGACAGAGCUCUGCACGCUCAGGUCUCAGUGA